AUGGCGUACACGGACAAGCGUCGUAACUGGUCGCAAGAAGACGACCUCACCCUUCUCAAGCAAGUGACAGCCGAUACUCCAUUCGCUGCAGAGAAAGGGCAGCUCAGAAAAGCUUGGCAAGGACUUGCGGAAACACUCAUGUCGUGCGAGAACUUCGGCCGUGUCGUCGACGGGAAGAAGGUACAGAAUCGAUUCCAGGCCCUCGUCGACGAGCAUCGAAAAUUCGAUGCAACGUCAGCGCGUCUUUCUGGUUCAGACCAGGAGGAGAAGGAGAAGCAUAUGCUCCUCGACGACAUCAUCACGCUGCUGGAUGACGUGAAGGCCGAGCAGCAAAAGACAGAAGCUCAAAAGCGCUCCCAAGAUCAAGAUGACAAGGAUAAAGUCGAACAAGCAGCAAUUACAAUUGGUCAUGAACAUAGCCACGAGAACCACCGCCGCAACAUUGGAUAG